UUGUGUUAUUGAAUGGGGCGGAGAAUUUAGGAAGGACUUUAAAAGAAUAUACCAACUGAAGUCUCUUGUAAGUUGCCCAAUUCUUGCUUUGUCAGCAACAAUAACAAAAGCAGGUCAAACUGAAAUUGCAAAAUGUCUGCAUUUGACUAACUAUGAAGUUGUAAGUGCUAGCCCUGCAAAAGACAACAUUAAGAUGGUCGUUAUGAAUCGUCCUAGUCCAAACUCCAAAGGGAAUACCUCAUUUACACCAUAUGACUAUAUAUUUGUACCGGUUUUGCAACAACUGAAGAGUGAGAUUGAUAAUUUUGAAAUAACUAUUGUAUAUUGUAAGACAAUUAAUUGGAUUGGUUAUGGAUAUGAACUUGCAAAGCAAAUACUUGGUGAUGAAUUCUACUCAGGAAAACCAUCGGAGAAAACUGCAAGAGUCAUGAUGUACCAUUCAUCUAUGGAAGGCUCUGAUGGGAAGUUGAAGAAACAUAUUGUUGAGACGGUACAGACUGAAAGGUCUACGAUCCGACUGAUAAUUGCAUCUGUGGCUCUAGGCAUGGGUGCAGAUUUGAGGCAUGUUAAGAGGGUGAUUCAUGCUGGACCUCCUACUUCCUUAGAAACUUAUAUACAAGAGAUCGGCAGAGCAGGAAGAAGCCAUGAUGAUGCCCUGGCCAUUCUCUUCUUUAACAAAUCAGACAUUGCAUCUGAACAUAUGACCAGAGAAAUGAAGGACUAUUGUGUAAACUCAACUAUCUGCCGAAGAAGUUUAGUUAACCAGUAUUUUGGUUUUGAAACUCAGGAAGUCAAACAGUUUUCAAUUUGUUGUGAUUUGUGCAAUAAUGAACUGGGGAUAGAAUAUGAUUUUAGUAAACUGUCAGCUAACUAAAAGCAUACAUAGCUUAGUUUUCUUAAACUUCACCAUGACACGUAAGCACAAAGCUUUUUUUAAUUUUUAUUACAAUUACUGUUGCUGGUCACACCAUCCCCUUAAAAUAGGGUUGGUUAGUUGGCAACUGUUUUUAUUUUUAUUUUUGGAUGAUAAAAUUGUAUUUUAUGAUUGUACUGCUUAACGAACGAAUAUUUUGUAGAAUCAUUUGAUAUCUUAUCCUCUCACCUGAUUUAUUUAAUGCCAUUUUGAAAUCUGGUGUUUUUCCUAACUGUUGGAUGGAAGGUAAGGUUUUUCCUCUCCACAAAAAAAAUGUUAAUAAUGUAAAUAAUUACUGAGGGAUAGUUUUGAAUAGCUCACUAAACUUCUUCGGCAGAUAGUUGAGUUUUCCAAAAUAUGUACGGGCAUAUUUUUAGGCAACAAGUAGUAGAUGUUUUUAAUCAAUCUUGGUCCAAUAGUGUAUCUGAAAGUCAUUCUUAACAUUCAUAUUGCCAUUUUUAACAACAUAUAAGGUUAUAAUCUUAUUUAGACUUUGUUACAAAAAAGUAUAGUAUUUGUAUCAAAUUUAAACCAUGUUUUUUAUUUGUUUCAUAUUGCAAAGUAUUAUUUGUUUAACAUGUAGCGUGACAUUUUAUUUUUUUAAACUAUAAAUCAUAAGAUUGUUAUUUUUUUAUUGAUUUCAUUGCUAACACAUAGUUAAAUCUUGUAAUUUAUGCAUAAUGUGUCUUUGCAUUUUUGUUAAAAUAGCAGCGAGUAUAGUAUAUUUGUUUUAACUUUUUCAUUGUUAAAGCAUAAGCUUAAAUCUUGUAAAUGAAUUUUUUAAAGUAAUUUACCGGUUCUAUAUGAAUAGGACCUUCUUGAAACAUUUAAGUACAUUUAUUAUUUUAUAUACACUUUGUGUGUAUUUAUUGUUAAGUAUUGAUUCGUGAUAUACACUAUCAGCAUCAUUUACUUUUUUUUCUUCACUGUAAAAAUUGAAGUCUUAAAUUUGGCUUAAUCUGUUCUGCAAAAAAUAAUAGUUUUAUUAAAAAUAAGAUUUGUUGAUUAAUUGAAUUUUCACAUCUUUUUAGGAAAGUCUAUCCUCGAAUAUUUUAAAUAUCUUAAAUAUAUUUGAUUAGGUUGAUUUAUUUAUCAUUUAUGUUUGAUGAAAAUUUAUAUAUUCUAUGUUGACUUAAUGCAAAUGUUAGUAAGGAGAGUGCGUAUGGGUGAAAAUGUGUGAGAAUGGUACGGGAGUUUCGUGAUUUAUGAUUAUAAAUUAACAUUUGAUUGUAACGAUAUACCAUGUAGUAUAAGUUACCUAAUAAAGGUGUGUUCUGUUCUUAAUUGUGCUUCUAUGCUUAUUUUACUUUAAAAAUAAAUCAAAUAUACCUUAAAAAGAACUUAUUUAUAAAUAAUUGACUUUUGACAUAUUUAAAGAAAGUGUCAAUCAAAAAGAUUGGGUGGGAAUAGAAAAAAGAGGGUCAAUCUGGUGACC